UGAACGUGGGCUGCUGGCAGAAUAACCAGACUGUCAUAGGUACAACAUCAAACCCUCAACAGUUGUGUGUGCAGGACUGUGAAGAUGACUGUCAUCACUGUGGCGGCUGACAGUAAAAGCAUAUUUCCAUCAUCGUGCCAAAUCCUGAAGACUCCUUGCUCCAGUCUAUUCUCCGGGUCGGUGUACCAUGGGCUGAUGCAGACUAGUGUCACUACAGCAUUUGGGACUAUGCAGAUCAUGGUGGGCCUGUUCAACAUCGGACUGGGGCCAGGACGAACCAGCACAAAUCCAGGAGAUUUGACCAGCUUAGGUGCUGCGUACUGGCUGGGUGCUGUGUUCAUCGUAACUGGAAUCAUGUCCAUUGUGGCUGGACAGUUCCCUUCUUCCUGCUUGAUGGGCUUCACUGUGUUUAUGAACAUUGCUGGAGCGAUCUUUGCAAUUACUGGCAUUGUGCUGUAUGCCAUGGACCUGGGAAAUGCCUCUCUCCUCUGGAUGUGUGAGAGCAGUAGCAACAAUGCUGAUCAAAUUGGUGACAACUGCAGAAAAGUUGCGCUCUUUGCCCAGACUGUGUUGACAUCCAUGGACAACACGCUGAUCGCCAUGGCAGCUCUUCAGCUCUUUGUCAGUAUAAGAUAUGCUAUUCUGGGCAUCAAGUCUCUGAGCAGUGACAUGAAAAAGGAAGAGGGGGAUGUUGAAGAUCAGCAUCCACAGUUGAAUGAAGUCCUCCUGACUGGUCCUGGUGCUCAAAAUGAACUCAACUAAACACAUGAAAUUACUGACUUUGAAUACUUGUACUGCUUGUGCUUUGACACACUCAACUGCUGAAAGUAAUCAAAACUGCUUUAUGUCACAAGGACAUGUUUUUUUAGUCAGCAUGUUUUUUUCUAUCUAUUUUUAAAGUAAAAUUGCUUAAAUUAAAACAUGUAAAAUGGUGAAAACUGUCUAAAAAGACACUGCUGUUGACUACUUCCUUUGUAAUGUUUCACUAAUGAAAUUCUAUUC